AUGUCAUUAAUUAACACUGUUAAAAGACAACCAGUUAAAGCUCUUGCUAAUGCUGUUAGAUUCUAUUCAGCUGAACCAACUUUAAAACAAAGAUUAGCAGAAAUCUUACCAGAAAAAGCUGAAGAAGUUAAACAAUUAAAGAAAGAAUAUGGUAAAACUGUUAUUGGUGAAGUUUUAUUAGAACAAGCUUAUGGUGGUAUGAGAGGUAUCAAAGGUUUAGUUUGGGAAGGUUCAGUUUUGGAUCCAAUCGAAGGGAUUAGAUUCAGAGGUAGAACUAUUCCAGAUAUUCAAAAUGAAUUACCAAAAGCUCCAGGUGGUAGUGAACCAUUACCAGAAGCUUUAUUCUGGUUAUUAUUAACUGGUGAAGUUCCAAGUGAAGCUCAAACCAAAGCUUUAUCUGAAGAAUUUGCUGCUAGAUCAGCUUUACCAAAACAUGUUGAAGAUUUAAUUGACAGAUCUCCAGCUCAUUUACAUCCAAUGGCUCAAUUUUCAAUUGCCGUUACUGCUUUAGAAAGUGAAUCUCAAUUCGCUAAAGCUUAUGCUCAAGGUGUUCACAAAUCAAAAUACUGGGAAUAUACUUACGAAGAUUCUAUUGAAUUAUUAGCUAAAUUACCAAAUAUUGCUGCUAGAAUUUAUAGAAAUGUUUUCCAUGAUGGUAAAUUAGGUGGUAUUAAUCCAAACUUAGAUUAUUCUGCCAAUUUAGCUAAUUUAUUAGGUUUCGGUGGUAACCAAGAAUUUGUUGAAUUAAUGAGAUUAUACUUAACUAUUCAUUCUGAUCAUGAAGGUGGUAAUGUUUCUGCUCAUACCACUCAUUUAGUUGGUAGUGCUUUAUCAUCACCAUUUUUAUCAUUAGCUGCUGGUUUAAACGGUUUAGCUGGUCCUUUACAUGGUAGAGCUAAUCAAGAAGUCUUAGAAUGGUUAUUCAAGAUGAGAGAAGAAUUACAUGGUGAUUACUCUAAAGAAAAUAUUGAAAAAUACUUAUGGGAUACCUUAAACGGUGGUAGAGUUGUUCCAGGUUACGGUCAUGCUGUUUUAAGAAAGACUGAUCCAAGAUAUACUGCUCAAAGAGAAUUUGCUUUAAAACACAUGCCAGAUUAUGAAUUAUUUAAAUUAGUUUCUAACAUCUAUGAAGUUGCUCCAGGUGUCUUAACUAAACAUGGUAAAACCAAGAACCCAUGGCCAAAUGUCGAUUCUCAUUCCGGUGUUUUAUUACAAUACUACGGUUUAACUGAAGAAUCAUUCUAUACCGUUUUAUUCGGUGUUUCCAGAGCUUUCGGUGUCUUACCUCAAUUAAUCUUAGAUAGAGGUAUUGGUUUACCAAUUGAAAGACCAAAAUCUUUCUCCACUGAAAAAUAUAUUGAAUUAGUUAAAAAUAUUAAAUAG